GGCUCAAAGCAUGGUUGCUGGAUCAGCAAAACUUCACAUUAACCACAUUAACCACUUGAACCACUUAAACAACUCAAACCAUACUAAUCUCUGUCGACAGGAUUCUGGUAUUCUCGUGUCUGACUUCUCUCGUUCUCUCUCGGUAGUCUCACGCCCUCGCGCUUCACGUCUCUCCCCUUCCCUCCUGAUUCUCUCUCGAACCUUUCUCUCUCUCAGGAGGUUUCCCGUCGUGCAGUCCAGCCCGACCAGCAAUUGCACCGCACACACAACACAGCAUACAUCCCGGGACAGCACCACCAUCAUCAUCAUCAUCGACAACACGAGAAAAGUCUCUUUUUCUUAUUUCUCUUUUUUGUUAUUUAUCUUGUUCUCAAACCUAAAUCUGCCGACGCAAUACACCUUCGUUUCUUUCUUUUUUUCCCGGAGCCUAGAAUUCCAUCUAACAUUAGCGACACACGAACGACAAACGAAUGUCGACGACAACAACAGCAACAGCAACAACAAUAACAACCUCCAGCGCAACUUCUCCCAUUUGAUAAGCUUUCACUUGUAACUUGACCUCGACCUACGGAUUCCCACUCGACAUUCCGCCCGCCAAAAACCUACUGUGCGAUAUCUACUUAUGGAUUGACCGCACCCGACAUCAACAUUCAACAAUUCAUAGGACUAUCGAUUAUCAACUCCCGACCACCACCUGAUAUCAGAAUACCCAACGAGAAUACGCAGAUUGAGAGCCAAAGGAUUUCUAUUUUCAACUCAACAACUUCAGCAGUGUUACCAUACACUUUUUCAAAUACUAUUACUGCAUUAAUCAUUGUUUCAUAUUACUUGACGGGAAGGACAAAGGCGAUUCACGACUUCUAACGACCAUUAUUGUACACGAAAUCCAAUCUUUUAUUCUUCUUCACCACCUCCAGCCGACAGCCUUCAUCAUUUGUUUUGCGAUCAACAUCCACAUAUCCAACCUUGAUUUAUCGGCCAUCGACAUCAUAAGAUCUUCAUUUCGCCCUCUGCACGGCUAAACAAGUUUUCCAUCAUUGUGAGGGUCUGCGAGAGGUCAUUCUUUAUUUGUUUAUGGUCCACAACAACAAUCGCAACAGCUGCAUAUGCUAUUGGUCACUAGUUUUGCAAGAUCGCAAGUCUAAGGAACGGAUGUUACCGCCAAGCAACAGAACGGCUUUAAGAUAGUGAGAAGAUACGACAACGAUACGAAUUCAAGACCGGACAGAAACAACAACAAGAAUAAUAACAACCACAGAUGUCGGAAUUACCAUCCUCUCCCCCUUCGGAUCCGGUAGAUGCGAUCGCAUACUACAAAUUGCAAUAUGAGCAGCUGGAGAACGAAUUGACGGAAUUCCAGGCGAGUUCACAGGAGUUGGAAGCAGAGUUAGAGAAGGAUGUAGAAGCUGCGGAAAGGAGGGAACGGUUACUACAGGAAAAGGUAGAGAGUUUGGGAUUCGAGGUGGAAGAAUGGAAGAAGAAAUAUAAACAAUCCAAGAAUGAAGCGAGUGUCGCGCAGAAUACUUUACAGAAGGAGAUCACUUCUCUGCGCGAUGCCAAUCGAACUAUGCAACUCCAACUUCGAGACAUUGAAGUUCAACAUGACGAUAUCGAGCGGCAAGCGCGAAAUACCUUUUCAUCAUUGGAAGAUAUGGAAUCAAAAUUUAACAUGUCUAUUGAACGAGGCGUAAUGAUGGAAGAAGAAAUCAAGAUUGGCGAAAAGGAAAGAGAACAACUCCGUAUCGAGACACAACGUUUGAGAGAUGAGUUGUCGGACCUGAAAGUCGAGGCAGAUAUCAUGCAAGACAAGCUACGAAAACGACAAUUUCCAUCAAUCACAACAGAUUAUACUGCCCCAAGUACUCCUUCAUUUGAGCCUUUUGGAACAUCUCCUAGAUCCACAGCUUCUUCUCCGAUCAUCAACACUCCGCCAGAUACCAAGUCCAUCUCAACGACAGAUACUGUUUCCGAAACUCCUACCCCUCCAUCUCCGCCCAUGUCAGAAGCAUCGGCGACUGCAAGACACGGACUGAACACAACAAUGAGCGCACCACAGAGUAAUCUAAAAUUACCAGCUUCGAAUGCAAGCGCAACACAUAAACAAGGUCUAUCCCGCUACGUGUCUGGCACAGUUCGUAGCUCACGAGGCACAACACCCAACGGCAGCUCGAAAGCAAGAAGUGCGACACCAGCAGUGAUUCGCCAGACAAAACAAAAAGCACCACCUACACGCGGCUUGCCGAACUCAACAUCCCUAAAUCAUAUUAGAAGCUUGACGGCGCAAAUGCAAAGACUAGAACAGAGAGUACAGUCUGCAAGAUCAAAACUACCCGCACCGGUCACUACUCCACCUCAUACUACACCGAGAACAAUAUCAGCUAUGGGUCAGAAUUACUUGCCUCCAAGUGGUACAAUAAGAGGGAGGAAAAGAACUACAGGCAGUACUGCGAGUGCAAGCACCACAUCAUCUAUGACUGGAGAUGAACCUCCAAUAAAACACCUUCCUCGAGUCUCUGUAUCUGGAAUCAGCAGGCUUUCGUUUGGAACGGUUGCAAACAGGGAUGGGAAUGAUAGCAGCCAACAUAGUAGUAGGCCACCUAGUCGACCAGGCAGUCGUGCCAGUGGUUCACUCUAUGAACGCCCACCAAGUCGAUCGACUCUCAGUCGCCCAGGCGCCAAGACGCCAGUAUCAUCUUACGCACAGUCGCAAAUUGUGGAUUCGAGAAGGGCAAAAAGUAGUAUGGGUGGAAAUUAUGGGGAUAGGCACGGAGAUGGAAAACCUCACACGCAUUCACAGAGUGUCUCAUAUAUUGGCUGCGGCGUGGACGAGAACCGGGGAUCUACCUAUAAGACACCAGUUCGCAGAGGAACUGUGCAUGAGAGUUCGGGUGGCACACCACUAUCUGGACUCCCUCGAAGGAAAAGCGGUGGACAAUCAUUAUCGAUGUCGGGUCUACCAAUGCCUAGAAGAACAAGCACAAGUCAUGGAUUUCGAGAGGAGGACGAAAGGAUGAUUAUUAAUCCUAGACAACCAGCGGGGCUCAAUAGAACUCCCACGGCAACAAGUGCAAGACAGAGGAAAUUGAGUGGUGUAGGGGAAUGUUAUUAAGCUCACUAGAUGUGAAGGAUGGAUCUAUUUCAUCUUCUUUACUUCAUCUGUAUACCGUUAUGGAGAAUCCGGGAUUUUGGGAUCAUAUUUGGAAGGACGUGGGAGAAGGGUGUAAACUUGGGUUGCGUGCAUUGGCUAAGGCGUUUGUUUGUUUUUCUCAACAUCGUGCGUGCAUAGCUAGGCGGACAUGGUAUGGGAAACAGUUUGGGAUUGAUACUGCUGCUAUACCUCUUUUUUAUUGAUUUGCUCUGCUCCUCCUGGGUCGUUCCUUUUAGUUUUCUGGGAGGAGAGAGUCUUUCGUUUCAUUUGUACAUAGGGGAUGGGUGACGAUGGGAUAUGGGGUUUCAUUUGUUGGCGAGAUGGUGAUGUGGGAGAGAUUGGAGUGGAUUGGACUGGACUGAUAAGGAGAUAUGGAUGGAGAAAGAGCAUGGAUGAACGGAUAGAUGAGAUGGAAUGGGAUGGGAUGGCUGAAAGUGAGCGCUGCAGAUACAGACAGACUACAAGAAUGAAAGAAAUGAUUAUGAUGAUUCAAUCUGGUGUUGUUUUA